CUUUUAGCAUUCAUAACUUUGGUGGAUUGUUCUGAUUCGAAAGCAGAUUGCUGGCUUUAUCAGGGCAUGGGCAGAAGUGACCUAAAACUGCAAACAAAAUGCUGCUUCUAGCUUCAGCUUUUUUUCUAACACUACUGCAGUGUUCUAAUGCCCAAAACAAAGCAAGCUUUACACCUGCAGACUGUAACACCAUUGAGACAGAUGCAGGAGUGGCCCUGGAUUUGGUCAACAAACACCGCAGAGAUGGUUAUGUUUUUGGUUUAUUCCGUGUUGCUGAUGCACAUGAACUACAUACAGGAAAUUCAUCAGUCCUCUACCUAACUUUGGAUGUGCUGGAAACCGAAUGCCCUGUCUUAUCCAGGAAACACUGGGAGUCCUGCGAAUACAGCGACACAUAUCCCAUGGACUUUGGGCAAUGUAAGAUUAUCACAUAUACGAACCAUCUGCUGAAGAAACCUCAACUGUAUGGAUUUAAUUGUACCUUAAGUCCAGUUCCACCUGAUUUAUUAGAGUGCAAAGAUUGUCCUGUGAAAAUUGAAGUCUUAGAAGUCACGGAGCAACAUAAAGAUAUUGCUACAAAGGCCCUGAAGAAAUUCAAGAUAGAAGGUAACCACACAAACUACUUCGCUGUGGACAAAGUUGAAAGGGUUUUAAAGAUGACUGGCUCCCGGGAAGGUCACAUUUUAGGAUUCUCUAUAAAGGAGACCAACUGUUCCAAAACUGUGCAGCAAGAAGAUCAGGCACUGGAUUGUGAUUUUCUCCAUGACUGGCAUGCUCACAUGGGAUUCUGCACAGCAAGAGUUAUAAGUGAUGCAGAUGAACCUGAUGGAACAGAUAUAAGUUGUGAAAUCUACCAUCCCUGGCAGCUUGGCUUUGGGCGAAAAGGCAAAGGUGGAAAACCACACAGACAUCCCCAUUUCCGUCAUCAUUUUGGUCACAGACAUCAUCAUGGACAUCAUCACAGACAUGAACGUCCACCCUCUUCUCAGCCCAGACUUGAAGACCCUGAGCAUAGCCAAAACUUCAACAAGGAAGAUCAAGACAGCCAUGAAGGACCUGCUCCUUCUUCUCUCCCUCCUCCCCAUGAUGAACCAGGUCAUCACUAUCCUCCUCACCAUCAUGGACCACACUGUCCUCCUCCUCCUCCUCCUCAUGGACCACACUGUCCUCCUCCUCCUCCUCCUCCUCAUGGACCACACUGUCCUCCUCCUCCUCAUGGACCACACUGUCCUCCUCCUCCUCCUCCUCCUCAUGGACCACAUCACCCCCAUCCUCCUCACCAUCACGGACCACAUCCAGGACACCCUCCUCAUCACUGUCAUCACCAUUACAGACAUCACUGCAACAAGACAAGCAUGUCAGGAAAGUAUUUUCCAUGCCACAUGACAGGAACUAUCUAUCGCAUUCCAGUUCUAAAUCAGCAGGAUUCCCUCACACCUCCCAGUGCAAACUUCCUCAAGCUAUCCCAGUUCAACACUCACUCUUCCAGCACUGGUGAAGGACUAAAGGAGAUGCCAGAAGAUCCAGGUUUUCCAUACCACCCUACACAAUCAGAAUCAUGCCCAGGAAAACCCAAACUUGUUCUUCCAAAAAUUUUGCCGUUAUUUCCCCAGAACUCCCUGGCAGAAAAUUCUCCAAAAUGACCCCAGAGAAAGAUGUUCCCGGCUUGAGAGUUGCAGGACCAAUGGCAGUUCUUCAGUGAAUGAAAACAGCACAUGGAGAAGGGGGAAAGUAUUCAGUUUCUAGGGAGGAGAAGCAUUGAAAAUAAUCAUUAAGCAUUCCAACUUGUGUCUUCAUUCUGGCUAUCUCAGGCUCCACUGUGACUGAAAGGCUCAAAAUUCUGAGUCCCUCAGAUACUGUGAAUGGGUAAAAAACUCGCCAGUAAACAAUGUUCCUUCAGUUCUAACUGAAAGGAAUUCCCUAAUAGUGAAAACUACCACCUAAAAUCUUUAAUUUUGUCAUCAUUCAUAAUUAUAAUGUACUUCUCAGAGGAAUCUGACCUACAGGAAAUUCGACUGCCUUUCACAAAAAAUGAUCCAUGGCACUACAUUCAUGCUUUAUACAGACUAAAAAAAAAAUAAAAAUAUGCAAGAAUUUUUCUCUUGA